AAAAAUCAAUUCCCCACUUGCUCGCCCGCCGCGUGCCGUCAGGUUCAAACUCCCCUCCCCCACCCCCAUCCCUUUCUUUCUUUAGUUCCCGAACUAUUCUCGCGCCCCGAGGCGUCGCAUUAGGGUUUCGGCCCCAACGGCACCUCCCGAUCCCAAAUCCUCCGAGCACCCGCGCCGCCCUCCUCCCCAGAUGCGAUCUCUAGUCUCUCGCUAGACAGCCGGUUCGCGGUCGCGUCGGCUUGCUUCUCUCCCCCGGCAACGACGUUGCUUCCGGUUGCGGCGGUCCAAGCGAUGGCUUCGAACGCCUCGUCCUCCGCUUCCGAGUGUAAAUCGGAGCCCUCGGCAGAACAUCAGCACAUACAAAUAUGCUCUUUUUUGUGGCAGUUGUCUUCAUUAUGAUAGUUGGAGUUAAAGAAGGAAAUUGUACUCCUUCGGAUGUUAUGGAAAUUAUAGAUUCUUUGAAGAAACAAGUCUUUUCUGAUCGUUGCACUUAUAUCAAGAAAAAAAUGGAUGAGAACAAGCAGAAGCUCAGUAGCAUGACACAACUGGUUUAUAAUUUAUCCAAGGUUAGAAGAAAUAGUUCAGACCACAACAGUGAUUUAGACACAAAUCUCUUAACAAGGAGGCAAGAUGAUGCCCUUUGUACAGUAAAUAGUCUUGAACAAUCUGCUGGAGAAAAGGAUAGUGGUAGUUGUCAAGAAGAAAGUUCAUAUGCAUCCUCAACUGUUCUUAUAGGGAACAAUUUUGGAGGAAAAAAUGGAGUUCGACUGAUCAAACUCCCUGAAGUGCCCAAACUACCUCCAUAUACUACAUGGAUAUUUUUGGACAGGAACCAAAUAAUGACAGAGGAUCAAUCAGUUGUGGGUCGUAGAAGAAUUUAUUAUGAUCAAAAUUGUGGUGAAGCUUUAAUCUGCAGUGACAGUGAAGAUGAUUUUGUUGAGGAUGAGGAAGAGAAGAAAGAGUUUGGAACACAUGAAGAUUUCAUUAUCCGAAUGACUAUUGAACGAGUUGGCCUAUCUGAUGUGGCUCUAGAUACAUUGUCUCAAAGCCUGGAGAAGAACUCUGUUGAAAUCAGGGCGAGAUUUGAGAACUUUCUUAAGCAAGACUCUAAUGAAGAGUGUGUAAAAAAUGUGGAAGUUGAACCUAAUGUUAGAGUGGAUGAUGCAUUUCUUGAAAAGGAUCUGGAGGCAGCAUUAGAUUCUUUUGAUAACCUUUUUUGCCGCCGUUGUCUGGUUUUUGAUUGUAGACUGCACGGAUGUUCUCAGGAUCUGGUGUUUCCUGCAGAGAAACAGCAUCCCUGGACCAACUCAGAUGAUGGUGAUCCAUGUGGUAUUCAUUGCUAUAAAUUGGCUUCCAAAUCAGAAAGUACAGCUACUGCAAAUUCUCAGCCCCAUGACCUUGAAGAGGCAACUCAUUCAGUUGGUAGUCCUGGAUCACAAUUGUCUCCAAGAAGAAAAAUUAAAGGUUCCACAGGAAGGAGGGCAAAGUCUCAUCAAAAUGAAAGUGCGUCUUCAAAUGCAAAGGUUGUCUCUGAGACUAGUGAGUCUGACACACGUGUCAAUCAGGAUAAUGUAUCUGCUCAACUCUCUUCCUCACCUACAAAAAAUAAGCAGCGUGGAAAAUGUGGAACCAGGAAGAAAACCAAUAAAAGAGUUGCUGAACGUGUUCUUAUUUGCAUAAGGAAGAAACAGAAGAAAAUGAUGCAGUCAGAUGCUGAUUCAAUUGUUAGUGGAUGCCUUGUUGCUCGAGAUAUGAAGCUCCGAUCAGAUACACGAAAGGACAAUAAAAAUUCUAGUUCAUCGAUGAUAAACAAAAUAAUUAAGUCUUCAACUAUAAGAAACAACAGGAAGAAGGCCAUACAGCAUCAGGACAGUAUGAACUCAAAAUAUGUUGAAGCUCAAAAUGAUAAUAUUUUCCAGGCAUCAAUGGAGCCUUCAGCAACAGAUGGUGAUGAAAGCGAAAGGAAAGAGGAGUUUGUUGAUGAGAACAUCUGCAAACUUGUGAAGACGGAUAGUAAACCAUGGAAGAUUAUUGAACAGGGCCUCUUUCUUAAAGGUUUAGAGAUUUUUGGAAGGAACAGUUGUUUGAUUGCUAGAAAUCUUUUGAGUGGAAUGAAGACUUGUGUUGAAGUUUUUCAAUACAUGAACCACAUUCAAGAUAAUGCAACAUAUAGGGCAGCUGAUGGUGCUAUUUCUCUAGUUGAAGGCCAUGGCAAGGUCUCUGAGUUACGAACAAGGUCAAGGUUCUUGCGAAGGCGAGGAAGGGUUCGUCGUUUGAAAUACACGUGGAAAUCAGCUGGGUACCAUUCAAUACGGAAAAGAAUUACUGAGAGGAAAGAUCAGCCUUGUCGGCAGUACAACCCUUGUGGUUGCCAGUCUGCUUGUGGAAAGCAAUGUCGUUGCCUUCUAAAUGGGACAUGCUGUGAAAAAUAUUGUGGAUGUCCUAAAAUAUGUAAAAACCGGUUCCGAGGUUGUCAUUGUGCUAAGAGUCAAUGCCGCAGCCGUCAAUGCCCAUGUUUUGCUGCUGAUAGAGAAUGUGACCCAGAUGUUUGUAGAAAUUGUUGGGUUGGUUGUGGUGAUGGUACAUUAGGAGGCCCUAAUCAAAGAGGAGAUAACUAUGAAUGUCGCAAUAUGAAGCUUCUACUAAAACAACGCCAAAGGGUCUUACUUGGAAGAUCUGAUGUUUCUGGUUGGGGGGCAUUUCUUAAGAAUAGUGUUGGUAAACAUGAAUACCUUGGUGAAUAUACCGGAGAGUUGAUCUCCCACAGAGAAGCAGAUAAGCGUGGAAAGAUAUAUGACCGUGAAAAUUCGUCGUUUCUUUUCAACCUUAAUGAUCAGUUUGUUCUUGAUGCCUAUCGGAAGGGUGAUAAGUUGAAGUUUGCCAACCAUUCUCCAGAUCCAAACUGCUAUGCGAAGGUUAUCAUGGUAGCUGGGGAUCACAGGGUAGGUAUAUUUGCCAAAGAACGGAUAAGUGCAGGAGAGGAACUAUUCUAUGACUAUCGUUAUGAACCGGAUCGUGCUCCUGCUUGGGCUCGGAAACCUGAAUCGUCUGUCUCAAAGAAGGACGAAUCACAACCGUCCAGUGGCCGCGCCAAAAAACUUGCUUAACUCCAGAGACAUGGUGCCCUUUUUGCUAGGACCAUUAACAUCCAUUCUUUUGCCAAGCAUUUGGCAACCAAAUGAUUGAUUGGAAGUUAGAAAUGGCCAUUCCCAACUGUGUAUUUGGGGUUUCGGAUAAUCUGUUUUCAUCUUGAGCACCAUUUAAUUUGGCAUUUCUGGAAACCACCUAAUCUCUUAUAUUACGUUUGUAACAUUUUCUAGGUUAAUUGCUUAAUGUAUGACUUUCAUUUAAUUCUCUAAUAUAUCUUACUUCCAUUGA